CGAAGCACCGCCCAUCAGCGCUUCUUUGGCCCGCCUCUUUCGCGCGUCGUCCAAUAGCAGCGAGCCUCCUCCGCUCCUCCUUCCCUCCCCGCCCUGCGGCGCUUCCUCGCCUCGCUGCUGCAGUGAAGCCCACGGAAACGGACGGAAAAUAGGUUACGCUGCUGCUGUGUCGAAACCAGCCUUUUCUUCACAAAACAACAAGACCAAGAGCAGAAUUUUCCUCUCAUUUCUGUGCUGUCAUUUACUGCUGUUCAUUUCCGAGGGCGAAUUCCGUCGCGCAGGCACCAAAAUGGGAAAUGAGGCAAGUUAUCCCCUGGAAAUGUGCUCACAUUUCGAUGCUGAUGAGAUUAAAAGGCUGGGAAAGAGGUUUAAGAAACUCGACCUAGAUAACUCAGGAUCCCUCAGCGUGGAGGAGUUCAUGUCCUUGCCCGAGUUACAGCAGAAUCCACUGGUGCAGAGGGUCAUCGAGAUUUUUGACACGGACGGCAACGGAGAGGUGGAUUUUAAAGAGUUCAUAGAGGGCGUCUCUCAGUUCAGUGUGAAGGGUGAUAAAGAGCAGAAACUGCGCUUCGCUUUUAGGAUCUAUGACAUGGACAAGGACGGCUACAUUUCCAACGGAGAGCUGUUCCAGGUGCUGAAGAUGAUGGUGGGCAACAAUCUGAAGGACACUCAGCUGCAGCAGAUAGUGGACAAGACCAUCAUCAACGCAGACAAGGACGGCGAUGGGAGAAUAUCCUUCGAGGAAUUCUGUGCUGUCGUCGGAGGUCUGGAUAUACACAAGAAGAUGGUGGUGGAUGUAGUGUGAGCGAGUCCAUCUCCAGCAGA